GGUCAUAACAUGUGUGAUUAUUAUUGUAUCAGGUUUGACUCUGUUUGGAUUUAAUUAUGAAUUCUAUAUAUUCUUCAGCAAAAGCAAUUAUAAGUCGAGCUCAACCAAGUUUAGAUGGUGGAAUUAUAACAUUUACACUGAAUAAUUUAAUAAAAUUACCUUCAUCUAAUAAUUAUAAUAAUGGAAGUUCAUCACAUACAGAAGUUACAAUUAUUGAUCAUAUUUUAUCAACAUAUUCACGUACUGGUUAUGCAUUAGCUAUUGUAUGUGCAUUAUUAUGGAUAAUCUUUUUAAUUAUUGCUACAUAUUUAACAUGUCGUCAACGUAAACGUAUAAAAAAACGUUCCGAAACAUUAUUAUAUCUUGCUCCUACAGAAAAUCAUACAUUGAAUACAUCUAGAGAAACUAUAGAAAUUGCAUUACAUAAAAAACAUUCACCAAAAUCAACAUUUUAUCGUACACGUGAACGUUUACAAUCUAAUUGGAUAUGUCUUGCUAUACAAUUUUCAUUAUUAACUAUUUUAACCAUUUUAUUAGGUACAGCAGUAUUACUUGGUUUUGCUGCAUGUGGUCAAUUACAUACCAAUUUAGUAUCAGCACCAACACAUGAAGAAUCAUUAGGACGUCUAUUAACUACUACUGAAUUAAUGCGAACUAAUCCGGAAAAAACUCAUGUAUUCCCACGUGUAUUACGUGCUUUAGCACAAAUAAGAGCAUAUCUAAGUGAAUUUGUUCCACAGACUAAAAUUGAUAUUGAACCUGUUGUAAAAAAACUUAUUCAAGCAACUGAAUCCAUGCAAGAUCGUAUGACAAAUGAAUUUAAUUCAAUAUUAUUCAAUCAAAUUGGUGUUACUGAAGCAUUUCAACUUGGGGAUAUUCUUGGUGAACAUGUUGUUACAUUAAUCACAAAAUGUAAUGCUAUUGUACAAUCAAAUACUGCAUUUAAACAUACAUUUGAUCGAUUUAAAGUGGAAUUUCAAACAUGGUUACGUUUAAUUAAUAUAGAUAAUACAAAUUAUGAUUGUAUUGGUCAAUGUCAUGAAUUACGUUCAACAUUUUAUAAUAAUAUCUCUAUAAGACCUGAUUCAUUUAUGCCUGAUAUACAUUUUGCAAUUGCAUUAAAAUUUGUUACUACAGAUCGUAAUCAAACUGCUGAAAGUAUACAAGCCCAAUUAAAUCAUGGUAAACAAUUAUCUAAUAAUCAACUUGAAAAAACUAAAACUAUUAUGGCUAAACAAAUUAAUAUUCCACAAUCUAUACGUAAUAUGACAAAUAAACAAUGGGAUCAAUUAAUACCACAAUUACAUAAAGCUAUAGAAGAGAUUGAUAAGAUAUCGAUCUUAAUAACUAGAUCUAUUUCACCAAAAGUUUCAUCCAUUUCUAGUCUUUUAUUAACAUUCAAUUUAUUCUUUUGGUUCUGUAUUUUAUUGAUCACGAUUGGUUUAAUAUGGUUAAUUAUACGUUAUCAUUUUAUACCCACAGAGAUUAGUUUACAUACACGUAAUCGUAUACGUUUAGGUGCUAGUAUUGGAUUUUGUAUUCUAAUCAUAAGUAUUAUAUUAGCUUGUUUAUUUUAUUUAAUUGGUGGUUAUUUCUAUACAGAAGGUUGUCGUUAUAUAAAUCCUGAACAAAAUAUAAUCAAUAUAACAGAAUAUGAUCCAAUGAAUCAGAAUUAUAUUCAAUAUACCAUGUUUCCUAUUGAUGCUCAUAUUAAUACAUUUAUUAAUCGUAAUUGGCCAAUUAUUCUAUCCAUAGCUAAACAAUUUACUCAUAUGCCUAUUCCACAUAUACGUAGUCCAAUUUAUGGUCUAUUACAUAAUUGUUAUAAAAAUCAAGGUAUAUUAGAAGCAUUAGAUAGUAUUAGAGAUUAUAAUAUGAAAUCAUUAAAUGAUCCACAAAUGUCUAAUCGAUUUAUUAAUCUUGGUAAAAAUAUAAUGAUUGAUUCAUUAAAAUCAAUUAAUGUCAAUGAAAUGUUCCCUAAAGAAACUGAUGAAAAUUUAGCUAUGGCAUCACGUUUAGAUGAUUUUAUUGUAGAUUAUAAUGAAGUACGUUCUAAAUUGCCUAAAACUUAUUUAAGUAUACAAUCAUCAAUAGAUGAAUCAAAUAAUUAUACAUUAUGGCCAAUACAUAAUAUGUGGAAUUUAUGGGAUAAUUAUUAUACUACUAUAUUAAGUCAACGUUUAUCUAUAGAACAAUUAAAUCGUUUAAAUAUUACUACAGAAAAAGUUCGACAAACUAUUCUUCAAUUAGAUCAGAUCAUUUAUGAUAUAGAUCAGAAUUUAUUGAUUUUAUCAAAAUUAAAAAAAAUUGCACCACAUGUUGCUAAGUUACAAGAAACAUUAAUUAAUUUAAAAAAUAUAAUGAAUAAUAAAACAAUAUUAAUUGAUCAAGCUAUUGAAUUAUUUCAUCAAAAUAUACAAUUAAAAACACCAAUAGAAGCAGAGAAAUUAAUUAUUGAAUAUGGACCAAAAAUUAUGUCAAAAGUUGGACAAUGUUAUCGUUUAUAUACAGCUAUGAAUGAUAUGAAUAAUGCUGUAUGUCAUGGAAUUGUAAGUAUAUUCAAUGGUUUUUGGUUUCUUUUAAGUUGGGUUACAUUAAUUGGUACAUUAAUUAUUAUAUUUAGUGUAUUAUUAUUAAUGCAUAAAUCACCAAUUGAUAAUCAUCAAUCAUCAUCAUUAUCAUCAGGGAAAUUUUAUCAUAGAAAUAUAAAACGUAAAAAUUUAAAAUCAAAUCUAUCUACUAUGGUAACUGAAAAUUCUAUAAAUCCUAAUGAAUUAGAAGCAUUGAAUAAUCGAUAAAACGAGAAUACAAUACCCCCCCUCCUCCCCCUUCCCCCCUCUUAACUUUUGUAUAACAAUAAUAAUAAUAAUAAUAAUGUGCAUACAAAUUCAUAUAUAUAGUAUUGAUACUAUUUUUAAUUAAUCCAAAUUUCUAUUGUCUAUGUAUAAUAAUAAUAAUAAUAAAACCCCCCUUGAGUGUACGUGCGUACGUGUGUGUGUGCGUCCAUCCAUUAUUCUACAAUAUAAAUUUUGAACAAUCUUUGCAUGAUUAUUACUAUGAUUAUUAUCGAUUUAAAGGCUUGUUGUUUUAGGACUUUUUGUUCUCUUUAAAGGAACUACCACAGAACCAAUUGCAUUCAAAUAGUUUUUGUCAUAUUAAUCUUGUCUACUUCCUUUUUUUUUUACAAACUUCUUUUUUUUGUUUUUAAUCCAAAUAAUUUUCAUUACUUUUUUUCUGUGUAUAUGUUAGUUAAAAUAACAAAAAAAAUGAAAAAGAAUUCCGGUAUUGUUUUGUUGUUCUUGUUGUUCAUUCAUUCAUUUAUUCAUUGUUCAUCGUACUUUAGUCUGAUUUAGUGCCCCCCCCAGAUACCCUGGUACGGUUAGUCAGUCAGCUACAACGUAGGACCAGGCAUAUAUAUGCCCCGGUCCAAGGUGCCAUACCUCAUUAACACAACAAGAUGGACACCGGAUUCAUAAAAGUAGUUAAUUCAGAGGUGGUAAUAUAUAAAAGAAAGAUUGCAAUAAGAAUAUAGUACAGGAAGAAAGAAUUAGUUGGUAGAAUGAAAGAUAUGAAGCGAUUUUAAUCUCUUAGUUUAAGGGAAGAUAGAGAGUGUAUACACCGACGCCAUUGUGAUCGAUUCUGAGCCAUGUCACCAAGAGUCUACAACCAUUGGUUACGAUAGUCACGCAGACCCCAACCAAGUAGUCUGCAUCUACCAACAUGACUCAGACUAGAAGUUAGUGACUUCAAGCACUGAUACCACAUUUUGGUUUGGCCGCCCAUAACUUUCUUCCAACCAUCCCCAACACCGGUUAGCAUUGCACGUCGUGGUAAUCGGUGUUCAGGCAUACGUAACACGUGCCCCAACCAUCUCAGUCGAUGAAGAUUCACAACCUCAUCAACUGAUUUACCAUCAUUUCCUAAUACCCUGCGUCUAACCUCACUAUUACUUACCCGGUGAUCCCAGCAGACGCCAGCAAUAUUUCUGAGGCAUCUGUGGUCAAAUACUAGUAGCUUACGAGUGUCUUCUACUCUUAAUGGUCAUGUUUCGCUGUCGUAAAUUAAAACAGAGUGGACUGUCGCGCAGUAUACUCGUCCCUUAAUUGAUAGACGGAUAUCGCUUUCGCCAUAGGUGACGUAAGUUGGCAAAAGCCAAGCGAGCUUUUCGAAUCCGUGCUGAGAUUCUGUCAGACACCAACCCUUUAGGGCUGAUCAGACUUCCAAGAUAAAUGAAGUUGUCAACGCGUUCGACUACUUCACUUCCUAUCCUUAGUUCAGGUGUUGACGCAGACCAGUCCUGAAGCAACAACUUACAUUUAGAGGGAGAGGAGGUACGGUUAGAUUUGGGGAGAGCUCUCCUUAUCGAAAUGUUUUCACAUGGCCAUAUGUAUACAGCCACUGUCUUUUUUGUGGCAUCGAUGUUGUUUACGAAAUUGAGAGGAUGAAAGGAAGAUGUCCUACGUUUUACUAGGGUUGAUGGACACGGUAGAUCCACUUAGGUGAGUUGCUAAAACCCUCAUUCCAAACCAAUCGCUUAUAUGGGCUGCACUGUCCUGAAGGAAUAAAUAGCGUAUGAACCAAUUGUUGGUCACCGACUACCAUGGGAGUGCAUCUGCUGACGUUGCUCUAGACUCCGGGUGUGGCCUCCUAUGAAAACUACUUUCUUCGGUUUGGACAACGACUGAGUAUCAUAGCCCAUAUCAAGUGACUUGUCUGUCGCAUAUCUAUCUGGUGCCUCGUACCAAUAUUUAUGUGUUGAAUGAAUAAUAGUUUGAUUAAGUUUAUUUUAGUUUAUGGAAUUUCAGUGAUUAUUUUGUAGCCUCAUUUUCUUUGUUACUAUGUUGAAGUUUUGAGCGCAGUAUAUCAGGGAAGUAAAAAUCAGUUUAGUGUGUUCUACGAAAUGAAUUAAAUUUGUUUUAUCACUUACUAACUAUUAUGAACUUUAGUAAGUGGAUGGUAAAAUCUAUAGUUAGUGAUUGAAGGUUGAUUACUUGAAGUAGUCGAAGUUACUUGUAAUGUUUUGCUCAAGUUCAAUAAAUGCAUCGUACAUAGUAUAUUCGGCCAUUAGUUCAUCCUUCUUUAAUGAGUGAAUGCUGGAUAUUCAGGUGUAAUUUACAUUACAGAUUUCAUUAAGUUCUGACUUUCAUUAGACAUGUUAGAUGGUACUUCAAUGAACCUAUUCAUAUGCUAUGUUUGAAGCGAUUACGAGUUCACCUAGUCUGCUAACCGAACAAAGACUGUGACCAAAACCCCACUAACUAGAAAGAGAAGUGCAAGUUCGAAAUUAUUUAUUUAUUUACUUAUUUGAACAUAUAAAUAUUGGCACAAGAGUGCGCCAAAUUUAUAUGCACCACACAAAACAAUGAGAAUUU